UCCGGCUCCUUUGUCCCGAAGCGCUCAGCUCGCGGCUCGUCUAUUCUUGUUCUCUCUAUAGUGAACAGCUUGGUGUCUGGACGAGGAAGGAGCAGACGUUGGACAGGGGUGUGUGUCCAGCAGGGGGUUGUCAGACUUGGGGGUCUGGCCGUGCGUCCCCCUGGGGAUCUCCCUGGACCCGCUGUCCUGCCCGUAAUCCCUUCUGGAGCUGGGGAGUUGUCCUGGCUCGGCCACCUUGCCCCUGCCCCUCUGCUCUGAGUUUUGUGGGCCCUUGGGGAAAGGUUCCCUGAGAACAUUUCCUGAGACUUCCCUGUGAAUAGGGCUUCCUGAAGCCUGAAUGAUUGCUGAACUUCUUUAGUCUUAGCUCAAAAUAUACUGUUUCAGACUCCCCAAUCACUGUUAUGAAUGGGGUCUUAGAGAAUGAAGGGAGAAAUACAAUGAAAAAGAAGAAUUCAAUCCAGAAUCUCUCACUAGAGUCUCUGGGAGAAUGCUGGUAAUCCCCAGGAAGAGACAUGGAGGGUUUGGGUGAAGUUGCUUUACCCAAAUGGUGCAAAGGUUAUGGUUAUGGUGGAUCAGAACCACGAACUCCAGAACAGAGUUUUUCUUUACAGCAGCCUUGUAAAAUGUGCGUGGGCAACUCUGAGCCCUUGGGCAAGUCACCAGUUUCUUCGUUUGUAACAAGUGAUCUAUGGAGAGCAUCUGGUACAUGUUCCAGCAUCAAGGGAGUCUGCCCUUUUCCAAAAGGGGUAUCUUGAGGAGGAGAAUAUGGCUGCUCUUCUCCAGGCAGCAAAGUCCCAGGUGUUUCAGGGCUUGUCCUUCAAAGACGUGGCUGUGAACUUCACCGAGGAAGAAUGGAGAGAACUGGACCCCGCUCAGAGAGACUUGUACAGGGAUGUAAUGCUUGAGAACUACAGGAACCUGGUCUCCUUGGGAUUUCCAUUUUCUAAGCCUGAUAUCAUCUCCCAGUUGGAACAAGCAGAAAACCCGUGGAUGCAGGAGAGAGAAGUGCCCAGAAGCAGCUGCAUAUGUUUUGCCUACCUAAAAAGUGAGAAGAGAAUGAAAGAAUUUGAAUAUUUGGAGACCAGAAAGUCAAACCCAAAGGAGUUAUUUUCUGGAAAAGAAUCAUACCAGGGGAUAAAUAUGGAGAAAAUCACAGGGGGUGAUGUUACUUCCAGUUUGAAGGAAGCCUGGGGAUAUGCAGAGACCAAAGAGGAUGCUCAAGAUAGACUCUGGAAAGAAGCAACAGUUCUCCUCAAGAAAAGAACUUCUAUGGCCAAUAGUAACCCCAAAUGUAUUGGAUCUGGCAGACAUGUUAGUCUGAAGUCAGACUUUGUUAUACAAUCAAGACACCCAGAAGAAGAGAGACCUUAUACAUCUGAUGCUCAGGGAAAGAGCUUUAAACAGAAUUCAGAAUUAAUAAGACAUCAGAAAAAGAACAUAAAUGAGAAAGCUCUUCAGGGUAAUAUACGUAGUAAAAUACUCAGUGAUCAUUCAGUUUAUGUUCAGCAUUGUAUAGUUCAUAAUGGAGAAAAAAAUAUGGAACAUAAUCAGAAUGGGAAGACCUUUGGUUAUGGUAUACACCGCACGGAACAUCAGAAAAGUAAUACUGGAGAGAAGUCUUGUGAAGAUGGGAAAGUCUACACCUGGAACUCACACCUUGCCAAACAUCAUCAGAGCGUUCAUGGUGGGAAGGCACGUGAAAGAGCCUUAAUUCAGAAUGCACUAUUUAUUCCGCAUCAGAGACCCGAACAUGGAGAGAAUCCUUAUGAAUGUAGUGAAUGUGGAAAAACUUUUGGUAAUUACUCAGCCCUUACAGUACAUCAGAGAAUUCACACUGGAGAGAAACCCUAUGCAUGCAAGGAAUGUGGGAAAGCCUUUAAUCAUAACGUCUCUCUUAUUCAACACCAGAGAAUCCAUACUGGAGAGAAACCCCAUGAAUGUAGUGAGUGCGGGAAGGCUUUUAGUCAGAUAACGCACUUUAUUCAACAUCAGCGAAUUCAUGCCCGUGAGAAACCUUAUGAAUGUAACGCAUGCGGUAAAGCCUUCAGUCACGACUCAUCCCGUAUUGAACAUCAGUUUAUUCAUACUGGAGAGAAGCCCUACGAAUGCAGCGAAUGUGGGAAAGCCUUUAGUCACAACUCUUCCCUAACUGUCCAUCAGUUUAUUCACACUGGAGAGAAACCCUAUGAAUGUAGCGAGUGUGGCAAGGUCUUUAGUCAGAGCUCACACCUCUAUCAACAUCAGAGAACUCACACUGGAGAGAAACCGCACGCCUGUAAGGACUGCGGGAAAGCCUUCAGUGAUCGAUCAGCCCUUAUUCGACACCAGAGAACUCAUACUGGAGAAAAACCCUACAAGUGCAGAGAAUGCGGUAAAGCUUUCAGCCAGAGCUCAACGCUCAUAAAACACACAAAAACCCACACUGGAGAGAAACCGUAUGCCUGUAAAGACUGUGGGAGAGCCUUCAGCCAGAGUUCAUCCCUGACGCAACAUCAGAAGAUUCACACUGGAGAAAAACCGUUUGAUUGUCACGAGUGUGGGAAAGCCUUCAGCAGGAGUGCCCAUCUUACUCAGCACCAGAGGAUUCACACCGGAGAGAAACCUUGUGGGUGUAAUGAAUGUGGCAGAGCUUUCAGGUGUAGUUCAGCCCUCAUUAGGCAUCAGAGGCUUCACAGUGGAGAAUCACUCUGAAUGUGUGGUCAUUCCAACUCUCGCUUUGUUAAAGACCAAAGAAUCCUACUUUCAUGAGUUACUAUAAUUGUGAUCCCCCCCCUUUUGUUUUGAGGGCUGAGAAUCCUUGCCUCCCAUUUUCUCCUGCAAAGAAUUAGCUGCCAGCAUAUCACAAAUCCAUGUG